GGAUUUAAACUGCCUUGUAAGAAAUAGUACCUGCAUGGAGGCGAGCUGGCUGAAGGUUCCGAUGUGGACUCCUUCUGCUCCAAGCAGUCUUCAUGUCUCUUCUGACGUUUUCCAUCAGAUGGAUGGGAAACUGCUCCCUGUGCUUCGAAUAGAAUGGAAAGUGGCCACUGAUGCUAGCAUCCGGUAUCUCCGAGGGGCAGAGCUGGCUGUGAUGCAAGUGAACAGCAAUCAACAGAUCUGUGCCCAGUUUGACUUUCAGAACAACUUGCCACUUCAGGUCCGUCCAGAUGGAGGCCGGUGGAAUUUCACUUUUGACCGUUUUGAAGUGGAACCUGGCCAGACUUACCAAGUGACUGUUUACCACCUGCCCAAACUGGGUGUACAUGGAGACUACAACUGCAAGUCCAUGUCCCUCACAAUGCCUGACUGCAAGGACUCUCUGAUGAAAAGAACCAUCCCAUGUAUAAAGACAGGCAGCUUGUGGGAGCCCAGGAUCCAAGGUGAAAGUCUAGAUGAUACAACUCUGCUUGUGAGCUUUAACCCAUGGAUGGAGGCAGCCCGAUACCAAAUACAUGUGGCCAGUUUCCUGAAUGAGAAAAAGUGUAAAAUGAUCACACGUGAUUUCACUGAGAGUGGACUACAACAGCAAGUGAAUGUCACAAUCAAAAUAGAGAAGAACAUAAGAGCUUGUUGCAACUACAAAAUACAGAUUCAGCCAUUCUUUGCGAACUGUGGCACAGACUGUCUGAGACACUCUGCUUUCAUUCCAUGUUCACCAGCUCCAAGUACAGACCCAUCAGGUGAUAUGAUUAUAUGGCUCUACUGGUGUAUCACUGGGAUCUGUGUGUUACUGGUGGGAUCAGUCAUAGCAGGUGUGAUUUGUAUGACCAAAAAACGAGCAGGAUGUGGGCGAGGGAAAUGCAACCACAGUGACUCGCAAACUGCAGCACCAUAUACUGACCUUCCUCUGCCACCCUUGAAGCCCCGAAAGGUUUGGAUUGUGUACUCUGCUGAUCACUUACUGUACGUGGAUGUGGUGCUGAAGUUUGCCGAGUUUCUAAUGACAGUCUGUGGCACUGCUGUAGCUUUAGAUCUACUAGAAGAUCAUCAGAUCUCAGAGUUAGGGCCGUUACCCUGGCUUACUCGACAGAAGAAAGAAAUGGAAGACCUAUCUUCAAAGAUCAUCAUCUUAUGUUCCCGGGGCACACAGGCCAAAUGGCAGGCCAUGCUUGGGAGUGAGCCGGUGUGUCUCAAGCAAGAUCAGCAAAAGCCAAUGGGAGACCUGUUCACGCCAGCAUUGAAUUUGAUCCUGCCAGAUUUCAAGAAGCCAGCCUGUUUUGGAAUGUAUAUAGUCUGCUAUUUUGAGGGAAUAAGUAGUGAGAAAGAUAUACCUGAUGUCUUCAAUGUCACAUCCAGGUACCAACUGAUGGACAAGUUUGAGGAUAUUUAUUUUCGGAUUCAGGACUUGGAGAAGUUUGAACCUGGGCGCAUCCAUCGAAUCCAGGAAAUCACAGCUGAAAAUUACACCGAUACCCCUAGUGGGAGGAAGUUGAAAGAGGCAGUACAAAAGUUCAAGAACUGGCAGAUAGAGCACCCAGACUGGUUUGAGAGUGAAACCAUCUGCUUGGAUAAUGAUGAAGAGUUGCUGUCCCUAAACAGAGAGAGCCAGGUGGAUUCAUUGCUAAGUGAACCGUGUGGAAUUGUGAAACACCAGCUGCACCUACGGGAGCCUGACCCUAGCUGCUGUUAUGUCAUCAACCUCCACAUGCAUGAAGGUGAAAGCAGAGGCUGUAAACUGCAGCCUCAACUUAAUCCAUGUGGGGAUCCCACUUCUCAGACUAUGGUCCUUCCUAUGGAUGAGGCUCCUCUAGUUCAGGUAGUGGAGCCAGUCUCUUCCAUGGAAGAUAAAAAUAUACUUGGUCAUCAUGUGCUGAGUAAUGAGGACUAUAUGGAAGGAGUUCCUCUUCUGGAGACAAGCUUUCCAAUGAGGAAUAACGUCAUCCUCCACGAUGACUCUGAAGUUUCAGCAAUAGAUGAUCAGAGUCCUGCAGACCUCUCAGGUGAUCUGAGACACCAUCUGAAUGGACUUAAGUACUCUCUUUAUCAGCAGAGUGUCAUUCCUUCAGAGCUGUCUGUCUGCCAAGAGGAGGCUGAUAAGCAACACCAGUUGGUUUUUGAUGACCAAUGCAAAGACCAAAGACAGUCAGUGCAGUCAGACCAGGGCUACAUCUCUAGAUGUUCUCCUCUGCCUCCUGAUGACCUUGUGGAGGAGGAGGAGGAAGAGGAGGAGGAGGAUCAGGAAAAACAGGUGGUCUUCAAUGAACUCUCUCCAGAGGUCUUGAACAGUCUAAAGAGCCUCCAGCAGCAGCUGUUUUUCCAGGACAUUCAACGGAGCUCUGACUGGGGGUAUCCAGCUGAGGUGAUGGACACUGGCCAAUCUUUGGAGGACCAUUAG